AUGUCAAGGGGGCAUUAUUUUUGUAUAAAAAGGUUUAAAAAUUUUAAAUUUUAUUCACUUUCAAAAAAUCAUUUAAAUUUAAAAAUAUUCAUGGCCCCAAUUCCCUUUACUCAAUUCGCUGCUAAUAUUUUAAAUUGUGAUUUAGAAGAUGUCUAUGGAAGACUUUAUUUUAGCCGUUUGGAUCGGAAUACAGUUGCUAAUGAAGCAAGAAAGGUAGAAAAUAAUAAUGGAAAUAUUUAUUGUUCUACUAAUGAAUUUUCUUGCCCAAGGGGGGUUAUAACUGGAUUAGCCGAGUGGAUAUUGGUUGACGAUAAUAAAAAUUUGGCUGUAUAUCCGGAACAAAUCCCUCCACAAUGGUGGAGUGAAUUAAUUAAAAGAAAUAGGAUGAAUACUCAAAAUUUCUUUUAUGAUGAGGAAGUUUCUAAAACAAUUGAUAUGGGACCAGGGAUAGAGUUAGAAAAUCCUCUGAGAGGUGUACUUGAGUUUUAUCCUUUGGAAGGAUUAGAAAUAGAAGAAUAUAUUGAGGAAGAGGUCCCAGAUAUGGAUAGAUUAAAUAUAAACAUUGAAAAUAAUAAUAAUAAUAUUCAGAAUAAUUAUGGUAGUCAAACAUCUGCACGAGCAACUAUGGAAGUUGAGGUUAGAAAAAUUAGUUGUUACUAUGGAAGCCAACUCGGAUCUUCAUUGUUCAAGCAGCGGAUCUGAGGUAUCCACUGUAGAAGU